AUGGAGCCUCGCAUUGAAACUAGAAGAGGGAAAAGACUAUUAGUAGAGGUAAGUAAUUUUAUCAAUAUUACAUUUGUUAAGUAAUGCAAGUGCUCUCUUAACAUCCUGCGCGCUUAAUAACUCGAUCACGCGCAUACCAAAUCGUGAGAAAUAAUCUGUGGAAGUCUCGAUAUUUCGAGUUCUUCCAAACUAGCAAAAGUGCAUGGCAGUUUACUAAUAGAUAAACUAACGUUACAACCGAAACUUCAAGAGGUUCAUGAAAAAUAGGGCAGCAAGAAUUAUUGGAGAUAAUUGGGAGACUCGUUCCAAAGAUGUCAUGAACAAAUUGAAUUGUCCAGCCCUAAACCAGUCUUCCUACAUGAUCAAUAUCAGACCAGUUCAAAUUUCAGUAAAUUAAUUAUCAAUUCGUAUUACAGUGCAUGUGCGUAGUACAGUAAUUGCACUAUGCUGAAGCUGGCAAACCAAGAACAAAUGCAAUAAAAUGAAGUUUUAGCUACCAUACACCUAAAACCUAGAAUAACAAGACGCUCUCUCGAGCGUUAAGUUGCUGGGGCUUUUUAAAUAGGCGCCUGCGUGAUUUGCAACGAGCGGUAAGAAUAUAUCCAACGAUUUGUGGGCUUGAUUUGUAAUUGUACAUAAGUUUAUUAAAUAGUGAGACGUUGCGACAUAAUGUAUACAGCAAAUUUAAUUAACUAAGGGACGGACCAUUAGAAAAGUGAUGGGGGGGGGGGACGGAUUUUCUAAGAGGCAAUAUUUUUUUUUGUACACCUAUAGAAAUUUUUUUUCUCACUUGAUGGCUGGAAAUAUAUUUUUUUAUUAAAAUUUAUAGGCCUAUCUUCCAAGAAAGGAAUUUUUUUUGCACUAUGCCUGGGAAGAUUUUUUCCCCUAAUUUUUUCCUGGGAAUAAAUUUUUUUGGGUUCCCCCCCCCCCCAUCGGUUUUCUAAUGGUCCGUCCCUAAGGUCGUCCUUUCAAUGAAGUGGAAUCUCACAAUCAGGUCCGUUGCACAAGAGUUCAUCAUAUCGCUGAACUGAAGAAUUCCUACAGGUCAUAAAAGAGAUCCACUGAAGAAUUCCUGUUAAUACCCAUGAAGAGAAACCCUGGAAGAAUCUCAAUUUUUACAUUUGACCCCUGAGAAAAUCUCAUUCAAUAUAUCCAUUACCGGAUUACCCCCAAAGAAUUCCACACAGAAAUUUGCUUAUCCCUAAGGAAUUCCAAAGCUAAAAAUUUAUCACCUCAUUCCAGCAGAAUUGAAAGCUGAAAUAGCCCAUUUUAUGCUGGCACUGUGGCACAAGUGUACAUACUUGGGCCUUGGGCCAUAAUAGCCCCUUAUUCAUAUUUGAGGAUAAAUACAGAUUUGUGUAUUUUUAUUUUAACUUGUUUAUCAGACAGUUAAGGACUAAGGAGUCGUUUGUGAAUUAAGCCAUUGAUUGACAGCACUCUCUCCCUGAUGAGUAAAAUCCUUGGCAUUAGACACAGUAAAAUAAUAAAGUAGGUUACAUGAGGGUACAUUGCCACUUAAAGGGUUAUAUGAUAUGGACAAUCGCAUAUAUUGGAUUAUUGGUGCGGAAUUUAGCUUUUUGCACCUAACUGAUGCAUGCGAUAGACAGUGGUUAUAUUUCACCUCAGGGCCGUAGCAACCAGGGGGGGGGGGGCUGUUUGAAAUUGUAAAUUUCGACAUACUAAAAUGCUGUUUUCUGACCAUCGGAAUUCUGUCAAAUCUUCCCAAAGUUCAGGAAAUGGCAUUUCAGAGACUCUAAAUUUAAAAUUUUCCUUGGGCCUUUGGCCAUUGCUUUCAGUUCCCCAAUCAAAAAGAGCUUCCCACAGCACUGCACUCCCUGAGCUAUUGGCAUUAAAAUUUUACAUAACUUUAUAUUAGCAGUCAGUGGUGUAGAACUGAAUCGCUAACAAAGAGGGCCCUCAAAGAGGGGGGGGGGGGAAUGACAAGACGUGGGGUAACCAGGCAUUGAGGGUGCAACAUGGUAAAUAUGGAUAGUUCCAGUAUUCACUUUUGGUUCUAGCAAUUCUUCAAUUGGUGAUUUUUAACUAAAGGGCUUAACAUCAAAUAAUACACUCCAAAAUAUUGAAGCUAUUACAUGUUAGAGCCACAUAAAUAUCAUCAAAUGGUUAGAUCCUAUAACCAGAAUAAUAAUUGGACCUUAUGUAAUGUUAACAUAAUACAGCCAAUGGCUGCAAGGUUUAUCAAUUAAAAACAUCUAUCUAAGAAAUACCAAUCCAAGAUUGUGUGUCACGUACCUCGUGUGUCACUUCAAAACAGCCAACAUUUGAGCCUUCUUGAAAAUAGAGCUAGCAUGCAAAUAUGACAGUUCCAAUACAUGUAAACAAAUACGAUUUUUAUGCAGACUAUUGGAGCAACCAGGACUAUAAGCCAUAUUAAAGCGUAUAUAGAUGUAAAACUUCACAAAACAAAAAUAUAAACGUUCAGAAAUAACGGUUCGACGAAUAAAUAACACAGUUAUUGUCAGUUAAUCCACCUCGGAAUCUACUCCACUCCUCGAUAGUGAAACGUCGACAUAAUUCUGUAUAUUCUUGAUGGAUUUCUUUCAAAAAGCCCCCAGAAGAAAAAGCGUGAUUGAAAGAACAAUUUGACGUUCACUUUAUACACUUACGAAGACUUUAAGACCGUUAAAAUAGCGAAAAUGUAUGCACGUAUUGCUUCGUAUAUAGAUCAGUGGGAAUUUCCAUUUUGCGACUAUCCAUGGAGAAGGAGAAGGAGAAGGAGACCAAUUUCACCUAACCUGAAGUUCAGGCCCUAUCACAGAAUAGGGCCUGACACAAAACCUAUCUAAAGUGUGGGAUUCCCGUCCACCUGGUGGACGGGAAAUCUGAUUGGUUGAUCAGCAUCAUGAAGGAUUUUGAUUGGUUGCAAGUUCACAUAAACAACAGUUUUAAAAAUAGCUCGGUCAAGGCGAGAAUUAAUAUAAAGGUCAAACGCACGUAACAAAUUCCAUUAUCGAUUUCUUCGAAUUUCUUUUCUUUUAUGCUUUAUGGCAGAAAAUAAAUCAAACAAACAGUAUUUUGAAAGGGCUUCAUCAAAAUCUUUGACGAAUUUUGGAUACACACGACGCUGAAAGAACAGCCAAACUAGUCAUGUAUUCGAAAGCUUGUUGUUGACAGCCAAGAUGUUCUGCCAAAUUGCUUCGCCGGCAAAAGUCUUAUUUCUAAUAUCAGGUCCUACCGGCGUUGUUUUCUGAGCUACAUCGCCUUCUUCGUGGUAUGAUUGAGAAUUUAAUUGUUGCUGUUAUUAGCCCGUUAGUCGUAACACUUGCUGGACGCGGAUAUACUCUAACGAGUCGUUAGAGUAUAUCCGCGUCCAGCAAGUUGAGACCUUGAGAAAGCUUGGCAGUCAAGCCGUGCACAGAACUGACUAAUUAAAUCUUUGUUUGCUGUUCGCCUGUUCGGUUAAAUAGAGAAACUGACUCUUAAUUAUAUAAAAGUACCUUGAAUUUUUAAGUUUAAUUAAAAAGCAAAAUGCUCUGCGGACAUGUUCAUGAGAAUAUAAUUUUUUUGUGUAACGAAAUCUACAACAUUUGUCAAUCAUAUUGCAUGUGUGUCUAAAAAUAACAUGUGGGCGUCUCACGGUCUAGACAGGUUUUGUGUCAGGCCCUAUUUCAAAUUAGGGCCUGAACUUCAGGUUAAAUUUCACCCGAAACCUAUAGUUGCUGGCACAGGUGCCCCAGCAACUAAUUAAACUGCCAACUGAACUGAAAAAUCUUACGAUCUCUCAUGAUAGAGUAUUUGAGAUUUCAUGUUCAAUGCUCGAAAUAAAUCUGGUAUUUCCGCACACCCAUGUAUUAUUCUCUAUAUUUAACAGUUAUUCUACGAACUCGAGUCGAAUAUGAGCUGAUAGCUUAAUUCAGCGAAUUUAAGAGCCUUCGACAGUAAAUAAUAAAUCGAAACGUCGCGAAGGCUCUGCCGGUUCAACAGGGAGAUUCUUUGAUUAAACCGCGCCAAUCACAAAACAGAAUUAGUGGUUUUAGUACUAGCCCGCGUGCAGGCCCAAGGGAACUGAUAGUGGGCCUGCAAGCAAGGCCCGGUAUUUUGUAAAACGCCCCUUUUCAUAACACGCCCCAUUCGCGCGUCAAUUGUCCAAAAAGAACCAAUGACAGCAACCCAAAUAUUAACAAACAAACUCGCAUUAAAAUGUUGCGGGGUUUUCUCUGCUUUAAUAUUCAAAAUAGAAACAAUGUGUAUUAAAUGCCUGUGUUAAAACUAAAAAAAAACAAGCAACGCAGUCAGUAAUUGCCAAAUUUACAAGUGCUCAUUUUCAACUAAAAUCGGAACAGGCAAAUUAAGACGAAUUUCAACAGAAAACCAGUCUCAAACUUCAAAUCGUGAGGGAAGUCGUGCGACCACAUCAACAUUUAUAAUGUUGCUUCGCUGUCGCCAUUGUUAUAAAUAGUCUCACUUAUCAGAUCGUGUGUGCAAUUCUUGUUGGCGGCGGAUCGGAAAGUACGGAAUUUAUUUCAGUUAUUUCAUUUGGUGAGAACUCUACAAAAGAAGAGAGCGUUCAGAGUCCAGAUCGUUUCGUUUCAAACGGCAAUUUAAUACCGUCUUAUCUUUUGCUCUCUCAGCGAAGCCUUGUAAAUCGCAAAGUAUUUUGAAUAGGCUUACAUCACAUGCAACUGCAUCUCAACAUCAACCAAAAGAUAAUUUUCUUGAGGAACAUAUAACGUAUCAAGUCUGUUUGAAAUUAAUGAAACUCAAUUAAAGGUUACUAUAGUUUUACCCCAUUCGUAAUAAAUGUUGCUAUUCCAACACCUCACGACAAGCAAUCCUCAUUGGCAUAACGGCAAAAACAUCUCUUCCUUCAAGUAAACAAUAAACAGUCUGUUCUUGUUCCAUUUGUAAUCGAAAAAGUGAUCAAUUUUCGAAUUUUAAGCUUAUCGAGAGCCUUUGUCUAUGCCUUUGUGAUGAAUCACUGACCUAAUUAUAGAAUCCAACAGCAAACAGCCAAUCAGAAUGCCGCGUUCGUGGGCGAACGCGGAAAGUACAAAAUACCGGCCCUUGCUUGCAGGCCCACUAUCAAGUUCCCUUCAGCCUGCUCCCUUGGGCCUGCACGCGGGCUAUUUUAGUACAGAUUCUGUAUAUAUGAAACAGCCCUUAAAUUACACUAACCGUGUCACUCUACGAUGGAAUAUAUAAAUACUGUCUGAUCAUUUUCCAUCGGUAAAAAUUACGAUGUUUAGUUAUUUAUCAUCAAUGCUAUCUUAAAAUUUUCCUGUGCAAAUGUUCUAUGUUAAGUGACAUUUUACUUUUUGUCUUAGAAAAAAAAGACACCCCCAACAGCCACACCUUCAACGCUAACACCAGCGACAGUCCAAGCUUCAACACAAGCUGGCGCGCCAAUCAGAAAUUUUACAGGUUCCUUGACAGUUGGCGAGGGAGGACCAAUUGUCCUUCAGGACAUAUAUUUCUUGGAACGAAUGCAACAUGCACUACGCGAGAGAAUUCCGGAAAGAUUUGUUCACGCCAAAGGUGCCGGAGCACACGGUUAUUUUGAGGUUACCAACGACAUCACAAGUCACUGCAAGGCGAGUUUGUUCUCCGAAGUCGGAAAGAAGACAAAGUGCAUGGUUAGAUUGUCUACCGUAGGUAUGAAAUACAUUUUGUUUACAUCAUAUUUACAUUAUUCCCCUCCGGUCAAAAACAAGAUGGCUUCCUGUUUCGUUCGGUUACAGACGAGCCGGCAAAUUUUUGCACUGAACGAAGAAGCGGUUUCGCCAAACACGAAGAAAGGCGCGACGUUUUGUUUAACAAUGUGUUGAGAUACUCUUUAAAGCUAUUUCUAACGAAUAGAAAUGAUAAAAUUAUCGAAGUUGUGCAAAUAAUGUUUUGUUUACAUCUAGAUAAUUACGGGAGAUGAAAUACAAAGUGUUCUAAAAAUAUUUUUACCCGUCAGUGUCGGUAAUUAAUAUUUUAAUUUACCUACGUGCCGGUAAAUAGUGCAAGGGUAUCACCUCAACGCUUCGCGUUACAGUGAAUAUCUUUGCACUAUUCACCUCCUCUUUGUUGAAUAAUUGUUGACUUAAAGAUUAAUUUUGAUUUCUUUAAAUUAAACAAAAAACUCGUAAAACAGAUAUAUAUCGUCCUGGUGUGAUAUUCAAAUUAGAUACUUAAUAUAUGGCUCGCUUAUUUAUGAAACUAAACAUUUGAGGUGAGAUACCUUUGAUUUCGUAGGGACGAUGUAGCCAGGAAGGCAAGGAGUUAGGAAAUUUUGAAACUUUGAUGAUGACAUCUAAUUAACAAAGACUUUACAAUCACCAAAGUCUUGAUAGGGGGUCUAUUGAGGGGGUUGGUCGCUCCGCAAACCGUCCUAUUUUUGUCUCCACCGUUAAUCGCCCGUAUUUUCUUCGUGAAAACCGUUACCGUCAUUUUUCUUAUACAGUAAAAGUUUAUCGGCCAGAAACUUCGCAACGGUCGACAAGAGGACAAAGAUAUAGAAGAUUUUCGUUGAGAAACAUUUAACUGCAUGAUAUAUAUUCAGGAAUCUUGUUGGACGCCUCGCAAGCAUAGAUAUCUUAUAUACACUAGAUAGUGCAACUAAUUAUUCUGCAAUUCAAAAAUUGAAGCCGUAAUAUCCUUGGCUUCAACUUUGCUUAGAGAUGUGCUAUCUAGUAUAUAUAAGAUAUCUAUGUUCACAAGUUGCAGACCCAAAUAGAACACAAUAUUAAUAUUUCUGUGAAGAAUUUCAAUACUGCACGUAGCUAUAACUAACUAUUAUUUCAAGCUUGUGGGGGAGUAUACAGACAUUCUGUCUGUAGGAAUUGAAAGGUUUAGCCGCCCUUUCUCUGAACAAAGAAAAUUAAAAACAAAAUACUUCAGCCUUUUAUUAUAAAAAAUACUUAAGUCUUUUACAACGUAAGUACAGAAGCUACAGGAAACUUUAGCCUGUAUAUUGUCAGUUCUAAACUCUUCUCCCUAAAGGUCCAGUAAGGACUAUCUUUUAUUGGUCGAGUGUGUUACCAGCUACACGAAGAAGCUUUAACUAAACCAACUUUAUAAACCAAGAGCUCAUGCUUGCUGCAUAAUAUAACUUUCUGCGUAAUGUUGGUGAAAAGAAUCAACAAUAUGCAGCCAAUUCAAAAAAGGUUGUCCUUUAAAAAACCUUAAACUCUAAACCUUAAACCUUUAACUGUAAGCGCGUAAAGCGUAAUGGGAGCACAAGUUUCAGGCGUAGUAGUUGAAUAUUGCAGCUAUUUGUGAAUCAAUUAUUCUCGCAAGGAAAUUUUUACCAUGUCUCUAAGAAACAGGCCCCAUGCUGCUUUCUAAACUGAUUAAGCAUGACUGUUUAAGAGAGCAUAACUGUCUUAGAGUUUAAGGUUUUUCAAAAGAAAACCUUCUUUGAAUUAGCUGUAUAUGGUUUGAAAUAUUUCAUCAUUUUAAACCUUUGACGACACUAUACUAUACCUUUGAAACUAAUAUUUUAAUCACUUGCAUAAUGCCAUAGCUUUAUUUAAUUUACAUAUAUCAAAUGAAACUAAAAUAUAUGGAGAACGAAAAAAAGAUACCGGUAACUUAGAGAAGUUGUCCAGUGAACGUAUUUUACAGUUUUACAUAAUUAUUCCUUGUGCCUAAAAUGUUGACUUAAAUUUCGUUGCCAUUGCAGUAAAACUCGCCUCUGUUCAUGGCCAUGCUUAUGGGCAAAUAUCACAGAAGACAAGAUAUUGUAUAGAGGCAAUUACGCCAACAUUGAGACAAUUACGCUAAAGCUAAAUAAAGAUUUAAAGAGUUUUGAAAUAUUUUUGUUUGCCGUAAUUUAGAGAUAGAAAGAUAGUCACGUUUUCAAGCAUUUUGUGGGGAUUUUUUUUAAUAAUUAAUGUAGCCAUUGUGUUUUUUAAAGAUAUUUCGUUAUCUCGAUACCAUGCAUUAUCAUAUAUAAAGCACAUUAAUAAGAUCCUUGAUCAUGAUCUUGUAGGCUUGCAUGCUAAAAAUAAAUAUAAUUGGGUUUAUUUGUUUUGUUUUGUGGAGACGUUCAAUUUCUUUGUCUCAGCUUUGGCGAAGCUUUCGAACCAAGCUGGAUCGUUAAUAAUUUAGCCUAAUACAUUCGUGCAUGAAGAUCCACGCAGGCUUACAUAUCGAAAGCUACUAAUACAAAAUAAACGUGCAUGAUGUUUCCACAAAUACCAAACAAAUAUAUUUCCGGCAUGCAAUCAUACAAGCCUUUCGCUGCGAAAUUUAAACUUAUACACUGAGUAUAUAUUAUAAAUGAAGUAAUCUAGUUUAGUGUCUUCUUACACUAGACCUCGACGAAGAACAGGUUAAUCACUGACUAAUGCAGAUGGAAUUCCAAAACAAAAUUAUAUCACGAAUGUUGACAACGAACCGACCAGACCGCGUAGCUCAGUUGGCAGAGCAUUGGACUAGUAUUCCAAAUUAUAGGUCGUAGAUUCGAUUCACCCACCGUGGUCAGGCAUAUUUUUCAAGCUUGCCCGGUGUGGAUAUACACUCAGAGUAACAUCACAAGCAUAGUAUAUCAGCUAGUUUGCAAGAAUAUCAGUGUUAAGGAGUAAGGACAAAUACAAGUCUAAACUAAACAAACUAGUAUCCUCUAGUAUAAAUAAAUUUAAUCCAGUUUAAGUUUUGUCCGGUAUAUAGUUACAAUGGACCACUAUAGAUCCCUGUGAGAAAUUUAGCCUAGUAGUUGCAGUGUGCUUGCCGUAUUCAUAAAAAUGUUUAAUAAGAUCAAGCAUUGUCGAUUUUGAUACUGUACAUGUAAAGAUAUGGCUAUCUUCAACAUUUAUUCCGUACCUUAUAAAUUAAACAGGAAACAUUGUUUUCAGCAUAAUUAUAAACUUUAAAAUUAUAUACAAUAUAACAUACUCGUACAAAUAUAUUUGAUCUAAUUAUAUAGAAAUUAACGUUUGUGCGAAACAUGCAUGGCGCGGCCCGCUGCUGUACUGGAUGUGUGAUUCGCACGUUUUUAGUGCCUCCCACGUCUCGCACUUUAUGCAGACCCAAGGUUAUUGAUACUUUCAAAUAAUAACGAUGAUAAAUUGGCAGUUUCAACACUGCAUAGUAAGCCAUUUUGUAUUUUGCGUAUAAGAACUGAUCUAUAAUUUACAAACUCCAGUUCCGCGGACUUCCCAGGUUUCGACCAUUUUUUAUGGCAGAUAGCCUGACAACCUCGUACCCAGGGUCUUUCCUCUUGUGGAGAGAAAAGACCCUGGUGGACGCUGGUCACGUGAUCUGCUAAAUGUCAAAUAUUUAUUGACCUCGACUUGGAUUACUAAUUAAAAAUCUGCUAGAUUUAAGCAGAUCACGUGACCAACGUCUACCAGGGUCUUUUCUCUGUUCACAAAGAGGAAAGACCCUCGGUACGAGGUUGAUAGUCUAACUCAGUAACAAAUUUACUAUGCUUUAUUACAUUUUAUUUUUGUGAACUGGCAGCCAAUCUUCAAAAGGAGCUUAUGAGUUAUGUAAUAUAGUCUAUGCUCAACGAUUUUCCAUUACCGAGUGAUUAUUUCUUCACCGUAAACCGCCACGAGAAUGGAGGUAUAUCCGAAAACCGGCAUCUUAAAAUCGCCCGAACCGCCUAACCGGCAAACUAUAAUAGACCCCCUUGAUAGUGAAUUAUUAAAGCAAAUAUCCCUUUGCAAAAGGUCACAAAUAUUUGGAAAGAAUGAGUGACUAGACGGCAUGGUUUUUAGGGCAAUGAAAAGACAAUGGAAAGUUAUAUGCCGAGAUUCAUGCAAAUGGCCCAUUGCAUUAAAUUUGAGCAAAAUAUAUCUCAAACUCAUUAAUAAUUUAUCAGUUAAUUUGGCAACUAUAUUGCUUUAUCAUGUUCACAUGAUAAUACAGAAUACCUGGUGAUAUAUAUUGAACCAGUCCUAGAACUGGAUCAAAAUUAAUUCACCACACUCUUGGUGAUUUAUUCGUACGAGAUGUAAUAUUUAUAAUCCUCCAAUUUGGACUGAAUCAGAUUCAAGUCCUCAUAUUCUGAUCCAAUUGCGCGGGUCUUGAAAUCUAGUCCAUUCGUCAUAGUCGGAUUUGGAAUAUUAGAUCAAAAACUGAAAUUUGAACAAACCAAAUGGCAUGUUGGCGACCUCAAUUCUCACCCUCCUAAUUCGUGAAGUAUCCGUCAGUGUUUCCGUUUUAAUUUCCACUUCCUUUAUCUUAAGAUGGUGAACGUGGAAGUUCUGACAACGAGCGAGAUGCAAGGGGCUUCGCCGUUAAAUUUUACACAGAUGAAGGCAUCUGGGACUUGCUUUCCCUCAGUACUGCUGUUUUCUUCAUCAGAGAUCCCAUUUUGGUACACAUAAGAUUUUUUGCUUAUUUUAAAAUCAUACCCGGGAACUUUAGUUGUGGAAAAGUUGACCAAGAUGAGCAUUUUUACCAUCUUACAUUUGUUCUCAGAAUGACCCAAAUAUUACACAAAACAAAAAUAAUAUUUUAGGUCACAGACUCCUUAAAAUUAAGGUUUUGUAAUACACUUAGCUACUCUGGUCACAAUGUAGGGACUAGAGGCCCUUUUUUAAGAAUUCUUUAGUGGGGCAGUCACCACAACGAGACAAUAUUAUAAUAAGUGCAUGUGGAGAGAUGACUGAUGUUGAUGUUAAAACUUUGGUGUGGUGUCAAAUGUAAUAGCCUAGAUGAGUCUGGGGCAUUCUCCUCAGAACCAGAAUAUGUUCGUAUUUUUACACAUCCAAUUAGGACCGCAUUUCGUGCGUAUACGAUAUACAUUAUUACAUUAUACUGUCCAUAGAUUGAAUCUUCAGUUAAGUACUUGCAUGUAUGGUAUGUUAAUGUUAUACAAUGCACAACUCGGCCAUAAACGUGUUUUGCCAAGCCUUCCAACAACUCAAAUAUAUAUAUAUAUAUAUAUAUAUAUAUAUAUAUAUAUAUAUAUAUAUAUAUAUAUAUAUAUAUAUAUAUAUAUAUAUAUAUAUAUAUAUAUGGAGUCGGGAAUAUGCUACCUGCUAGUUUUUUUUCAACCUAAGUUAACACAAGUUUAUAGCAUUUUAAAAAAGAUAUUGAAUGACAUUUAAAGAGAAAUUAACAUAUGACAUAAGAUUCACAAAGCAAGGUUCCUAGAAUAUCAAACUUUUAUUUUAGAGAAAAGGGAUCUUGACUGAGGGGUUGUUGUUGAUUGUUGCUAUGCUUAGGAGGACAAAAUAGUUGACUGGAGGGGGGCUUCUGGCCCUGCUGGGGCGUACUAAAGAAUCACAUCGAUGACCAGGUUAAUUUGUUGUUAUUGAAUUUUAUAGUUUCCACAUCUCGCCCAUUGUCAGAAAAGGAAUCCUUCAUCCAACUUGAAGGUAAUUUUACUAAAUCGUUUGGGAGACACCGUAUAGCCACGCAAAGGCAGCUGCUCCCGUACUCCAAACAAUGCGGUGACAAGGCGGGAAACAGCAGAUUGCCUUUUUAUUCAAGAACUACACUUCCAAACUCGUGCGUUAUUCCCAUGAAUUGAAAUUGAGAACUGUUUUCAGACAAUUUAGCUCAAAUUUGAACCUGAAAUUCCUGUCAGAAACAUUACCAAUCGCAAAUAAUUGACUAAUGGUCAUGACUCAUCUUGCUCUACAAUGCAUUUUUUUAGUCUUUAGUGUUAUGCAACGAUUUCCAAACAAUGCCGAUAUUUCUCUAACUAUAUAUAUCGGCAACAAAUUAAGUAAUCAAACAAAAUUUUAAGGACCAUUGCCGCCCACAAAAGGCUCUGAAGUGCCCUUUUUAAAUAGCCGACCCACCGCCUCACGUUGCUUCCAGUACCUCUGAAUCUUCCAAUAUCUAUUAAAACUUUUAACUGAAAUGUGGUGUCAAAUGGUUCUGUCAUGACCACAUCAUGUAUGGUGUUGAAGCAGAUGUGGUUUUAAGCAUACAGUAUGAUUCGCAUGUGAAUCACAUGUGUUUUAACAUUAAGAAUUAUAAUAUUUAAACAUUGGUUGUUUCCAGCUUGUUGACAAGUUAUCAAGGGCUGGUUGACAACUUGUUAAAACGUUGUCGAGCUUGUUACAGUGCCAGUUGUUUCAACAACAACUUAUCAUCUUGCAUCUGAACAAAUUUGUUAACUGAGUCUGUGAUCUUUGUACAUAAUCUUUGUACAGCAGCUUGACGAAUUAACAACAUUGUCACAACAAGUUGACAAACAAAUCUUUUUGACAAGAUGUGAGCACUCGCUCCCCCACCGCCCCACGUAUAUUUAUUUGUAAUUUUACCUGACAAACUGUUUUCAGGAUCCUAAUGCCUUUUGGGAUUUCAUGACGAUACGUGAAGAAUCAGUUCAUAUGCUAAUGAUGAUUUUUGCUGACCGUGGGAUACCGGAUGGAUAUCAACAUAUGAACGGCUAUUCUGGUAACACCUUUACGAUGGUAAACACAAAACAAGAAGCAGUUUAUGUCAGAUUUAAAUGGAAAGUAAGUAUUGUGACUCAGUUAAUUACGAGCUUUUUAAAGUAAUUUUUAUAUCUGAUAGUGAAGAAAGAUAAUGUUUAAAUCUGAAAAUGAAAAAUCAGUAAUAAUUUUGCUCAUUCUUUCAAUUUAUCAGAUCUAUACAAUUUGUAUAGACCUUAUAUAAAUUGAAAGAAUGAGCAAACUUUUUACUGAUUUUAUUCAAAUAAUGUGAAGAUGUUCUGAUGGAACGAUUACAUUUGAAACAAAAUGUGGCAUGAAUAUUAACUCCUUAUUAACCGAGCGCGAGGUCUGUACAGGGAAAUAUGGGACCGAGGUCUUUUUUUAACAGACCGAGCCCGUAGAGCGAGGUUUGUACAAAAAAGCCGAGGUCCGAUAUUUCUCUGUACAUACCGAGCAAGCGAUGUUAGUAAAAAGUUUAUUAUAUGGCAUUUGUACUCUCUCCUCCGCAGAGCCUCCUUAAGUAUUUGCAAAUAACUUACAUGAAGUUUUCUGAAUAAAAGUGAGCGCGCGCGAUGUGAUGGGAAGAUUGAAAUGAAGUUGGGUAGGUUCUGCAAGAUAAUGCGACGAAGUAUGGUUUUGGAACCAAACCAAACAAGCUGUUUGACUUUUUUUAAACUUGAAAUCGACGGAAAUGUGAAAGAAAUUGAAACGAAUCUUCAUAAUCUGAGUAUCGAAGUUCAAUAGAGUCAUUCUUAUAAAGAAAUGUUGCAAUUAAGAGGAUAUUUAUAAUUUAGAUAGCUCGUAUCCAUUGAUAUUCGUUUGCAAUUUCUCAAUAUUUUUCGAUGCAAAUGGACGGAAGAAGAUAUUGAUUUAAUUAAUUCACCCCAGGAUAUUCAAGUACGCUUGAAAAUGAAAGUCGAAAACAGAUUUUAACACCCUUGAUGGUUGAUCGAACUUCAUUACAAACGAUUAGAUAUGACCUUACUUCGAUAAAAAUAUGACAAAUCUUCAUCGCAGCUUCCGCUUCCAAACUCCUCAACAAUAGCCAAAUUCGAACUGUCACCGCCAAAAAAUACCAUAGCCUUUAAAAUACACGAAAAAUCUCGUUGUAAAAGUAUAAAUUAUUUGCCCUUUUCCCCUUUUAUACUGUUCGCCAUCUUGAAUGGAUCACUCCAGUUAUAAAUAAAGAUCUGUGGCCAGUGUCAGGCUAACCUAAUCUUGUUUAUAGACCAAUCAAGGCGUACAGAAUAUUACAAACCCAAAGGAUCCUAGACUCAAUGAUCUGGAUUAUUCGACCCAACUACUGUAUGACGGCAUCAAAAGGGGAGAAUAUGUAAGUAAAAAGAAAAGUAUAUCAUGCUGAUGACCUAGAGUUCAGGCUUCGCGAAACUCGUUUAAACAAUAUUUAAGGGUCCUGCUGUGGUAAAAUGGAAAAUGGGUUUUGCCUAAUUCUUGACUGAGAAUGACAGGCACAAAAAUAGCCAUUAGGAAACUAAGAAACCAAUAUCUUAAUUUACGGAAAACACUAUGUAUAAUGGUUGUUUCUUUUUCAGCCGUCUUGGACGUUACAAUACCAAUACAUGACUCCAGCACAAGCACAGUCGCCUAAGUACAAAUCAAUCGCUUUUGAUGUGACAAAGGUAACUUUGUACCCAUGUACCACACAAUGUGUCUGAAAUCAAUGCAUGAAAUCCGGUGUCACAGCGGAUUGUGCCCAGAUAAGCUAUUUCUAUCGUUGGUAAUAACCUAUAUAUGACCUUUAUAGUUUUGUGUGUGUUUUGAUGCUACGUACUCAGGUGAAUAUAAUGUUUUUUUUAUGUCAGCAUAGUAUCCCAAAGGUCGCGGGUUCGAUUCCCACCGUGGUAGGUUAACUUUUCAGCUUGCCCGGUGUGGAUAUACACUCAGAGUAACAUCAAAAACAUUAUAUAUGAUUUUUUUUCACGGUCUGUGGCGAAGGAGAAUUAAGACCUGAUACAAAUGUUAUUAAAAGUUCGUGCAGUACAACUGGGCGGACUUCGGUUGUAGGUCUGAUUGGCUAUUUCUAUAACAAUGCCAUGCUUGAUGUAUCGUUGGCUAUUUAUCAACGAUCAAGAACCUGAAGGGUUUGCCCCGAAACGUUAAUAAAGUUUUUCUUUGUGCUGUUUUUUGAUGUUUUAAUUUAAUAGAUAGUAGGGAGCUUUAGAUUUGACUACGGCUACGAGAUCUAGUAUACGACUAGAAGAUUUUUUCGUGAAAUAUCUGCUCCAGAAAGCUUAAAACUGUACGUAUAGUUUGGUUCAAGUGUUGUUUCAAAGAUGCACUAUGACAAACAGUGAACGACAGCAAGUCUCAAGUAGAAGAAAUUUAACGGAAAAAUCUCGUAGUCGUAGUCAUAUCUAAAGUUUCCUAGUUAUAUAAUUUGAGUACAGAGUUAUACAUACACAGCCAAUUUGAAAAAGAUUGCUCUUCGAAAAUCUAUACCUUAAUUUAAGCAUCUUAAAGGUGGCGACACCAUUGAACCAAGUGAAAAUACGAUGCCUUUUUUUAUAUAAAUUUGUUUCUUUGACUUUGUUGAUGAAUAUAGGUAUGGCCACACACUGAUUUUCCGUUAAAUGACAUUGGCAAGUUAACAUUAAACGCAAAUCCAAACAACUACUUUGCUGAAGUUGAACAAGCAGCAUUCAGUCCUUCGAGAUUAGUACCCGGUAUCGAAGGGUCCCCUGACCAAUUGCUUCAAGGUCGAAUCUUCGCUUACAACGACACCCAAGUUUACCGUCUGGGAGUGAACUACAAUCAAUUGCCCGUGAAUCGUACUCAACAUCGUCCGCAUAAUUAUCAAAGAGAUGGAGCUCAAGCCAUUAUAGAUCCGAGUAAGAUUACGUAUCUUACGGUUACACCUUUUGAUCUUUGUUCAGGGAACUUAUAGGCCAUCUCUCUGCAGGCAGGAAGUAAUUUUGGUAGUUGCAUUUUUGAGGGAGGCAUUGGGGGGUAUUCAAUACCGUAAUACUGCAAGUAAAUUUUGUCAAUUACCGCAGUUUUUUAGUCCAGAAUUGCAAAUACGGUGUACCGCAAGAGUUUCCAAUAUCGUAUUACCGCAAUUUUUCAAGGAAAAUACCGAAAUACCGUAAGAAAAAUAAGCCAGUACCGCCAUACCGUAAAUCCCAAUGCCCCCCUCAUUUUUCGCAAUCUCUUCUAAUAAAUGUACAAAAUUAACUUUCGAAAUUUCCAUCAACAAAAUCCUUCAACAAUUAGUGAGAUCUAGAUGCCCCAAUUCCUGAAAUUUUACAUUCUGUCCAUGAAGGAGACUACCGUCAGUAUUCUAAAAGCUCACUCACACACAAAGAGUGGAGAUUCAAUCUGAGCUUCCCCUGAGCGUCAAAUGAAUGCUCAUGUUUUUGAAUAGCUGGAGGGUUAGUGUCGUACCUUACCACGUGACCACUCACCUUCCAGCUAUUCAAAAACAGCACUGACACUCAAGAGAAGCUCAGAUUCAACUUCCGCUCUUUGAGUGCGAGUGAGCUUUCAGAAUGCAGGCGCACAUCUUUAUCUUGGCUUGGAAGGCUAAAAGGGUUUCAACAGCCUGUAUGGCGGCCCACGCCCGCCAAAAUUCCUUCCCCGGGGAUACAUCAUAACAUGAAGUCGCAGUAUAUACAGGGUGUAUAAAAAAAGCGCAAUCCUCGACUGAAAUGUAAAUUGCUAAACAAAUAAUAGACGAAAACGUUAAAGUUUACAUUCAUUUUAAAGCGUAGCCAUUCAGCUUUCUAAUAGUGGGUUGUUUCUUAAAUUUGACUCAUUGGUUCGCGGGUAAUAAUACUUAACAAUUAUUGGAUGAGGUUUUUGUGAUAUGCGGAAUUAUCAAGGUCGAGGUAAGCGUUAUCAGCCGAGCCGAACGAUUACCGAGACCUUGAUGAUUUUGCAUAUCGCAAAAACCGAAUUCAAUAAUUGUUUUAUUAUACAUUUGAAGAAUAAUAAACAUAGUAUUUUAAAUAAUAAAACAAUUAUUGAAUUCGGUUUUUGCGAUAUGCAAAAUUAUCAAGGUCUCGGUAAGCGUUAUAUUCAAUAUGAUUUCUGGUAAAGCUAUUCAAGUAAAACGUUUCUAUAAACAAGUCUCAGGAAAUCCAGCAGUUAAAUUAAUUACAAAUAUAAAAGAAACAUAUUAUCGUUAAGAUGUUAACGUAUUAAAAUAUUUACUUGUUAAAGUAAACAUUACAAUUAUGAAAUGUACAUUCAUUUGAAAAUUGAAAUGUACACUCAUUUGAAAUGUACACUCAUUCAAUUUCACGCAACCUAACACAAAAUUCAGUUAUCUGCUAGCAGAUAACUGAGUUAGCAGAUAACUGAAUUUUGUGUAGGUUGCGUGAUUGCGCGAUUUAACUGUUAGCUCUUAGCCAAUCAAAUUGCUUUUACCAACUGCAAUGUAUAAUAAUUUACGUUAUUGCGAUUGGAGAUUAAAAUAAUUGAGAUGGAAUAACAAAUCGUUCUCAUGAAAAUAACUGAUUUUUUCAUUAAAACAAAAAAAGUUGCAUUUUAUUAAAUGGAUUGUAACAAUAAGUAUAAUUACGGCUUUUCUUCCACUAUUUUUAACUCAGUUUGAAACUUCAAACGCGAUAUAAUUUUGGCUUGGACCAUCUAAGCUGAUCAAUGACAUCAACUUGCUAUAAUUUCUGUUUACAUUACAUCGCAAUUCCAUGACAUUCUGGCUCAGACACCAAUCUCGUUCCCCGAACCUGCAAUCCUCGGGAAGGAAUCGAAGGCUCUGGGAUAAUCCGUUACCGGAAGCCAAGAAUCCUGGCUAAGAUUGAACUACGCAUUCCAUUUCAAUGGCCAAUCAGAUUCCUCCCUGAAACGGAUUAUCCCAGAACCUCGCGUUCCUUCCCGAGGAUCGCAGGCUCAGGGAACGAGAUUGGCUCAGACACCAGAAUGUUUUGACGAUUUUUAGCAUUCGUUUAGGAUUUUCAAACAACCUGGUCUCUUUUAAAAUACUUUUAAUUUGUUCUUACGUGGUUUUCCAGAUGUAGUGACGACAACAUUAAAGUUUAAAGAAGAAAAUUCUAACAUUUAAACCGACUAAACAAUAACAUAUAGUAAACUUGCAUAAUUUAACAGCAACUAAAAAUGAUAGGUUUUACGAAAUCUUUUCCUGUGCAAUUAUUACUAGCAUUGGAGACAAGGAUAAUAGUUUGUUUGAAAAAGAAAAGAACAGGCAUUGAAGCAAGCCUAAAAGCGUUUAACUAGAAAUAGUAUUUCAAAAGUUAUUAAGCACAAAAGUGAAUUGCGUUUAUUUUGAUACACCCUGUAGAUCUAUAUAAUCGUUAAUUAAUAUCAUUCUCCCUGAUUUGUUUAGGUGCGAACGAAGUGAACUACUACCCUAACAGCUUUAACGGACCUCAACCUGAUAACCACACACUGCAUUCUAUAACGGUUUGUAAUAACUUCAGUUGUUCGGCCUAAGGGAAAAGUUAAGAAAAGAGGGCGGAAAUUUGGCAAAACUUUGAUAGCAUCGUAUAAGAGGAUUAAGAGUUAGUUGAUAAGCGCACUGAUAAAACUCCUUUGUUUCUUUGAAGAGUUUAAUCAUCUUUGAAGGAUAUAUUCAUCUUAUAUCUAGGUUACAGGUGAUGUCAAACGUUAUGAUACUGACCACAUGGAUAAUUUCACACAAGCCACAGUUUUUUACAACAAAAUUUUGAACGCCGAUAUGAGAGGUCGCCUUGGAUUCAACAUUGCGGAAAACUUGAAAGGGGCUAACACAAAGUUACAAAUGAAAGCUGUGAGUAUACAAUAUACAGCUAGAUGUCCCCAAAAACCACCCAAAACUAUUUAAGUAACGCAUUGUUAGAAUUUAAAUGCCCUAGCACUAAGCUCAACGCAAAGAUGCGUAAAAUAUUGACAGGGUGCAUGAUAUUAAUGAAUAUUGACUUAAAAUAUCUUUGUAUGAUUUUCUGCACUUGGGAAUUUAAGGCAGCUUUUUAAAUUGAACAUUAUGAAUAAAAUUUACUUAUGUCAAGCUUUUAUGCACUUGUGGGUUCAUCAGAGUGCUGAGGCAUAUUCAAUAGUUUUGUUUUUUGGGGGGCCCCUAUUAAUGUCUGUCAGUUUCCGGAGGGAAAUAGUUUUGUUUUCCCGAGAGUCCCAACGUUUCAAACUAUUUCACAAGCAAUGUUUUAGGAAAGUUACCUAUAGCAAUGUUUUAGGAAAGUUACCUAUCCGUGACUCAAACAAUAGGAUAAAUUCAGAGGAAAUUGCUAUUGGUGGAUUUGGCAAAAAUACAAUACAAACGUGACGACGGUGAAGGAAAAUAUUUAUGAAUAAACGUUGACUAACAUCGACAAUGAGUUUAUAUUGUUAUUCUAAUGAGUUUCCAAACCAUCUAUUCUAUUAACUAUGGUUAUAUACUACAUUCGAAUCAUACAACUAUUACCACUUAUUUUUCACCCUGCUCGGUUUCCUUUGUUCUUGUCGGGGAAUAUAAUCAAUAUUCCCCUCUAAUCAAUUUCCGUUUAAUAAUCGCCUCUAAUAUUCACCUGCAAUUAAUAAUCCCCUCUAAUAUUCACCUGCAAUGUCUUUGCCUUGCAGCACAAAAAAUGAGAAAAAACAACAUCGCGAAGGCAAUAUGGCAUUAAGAAUUAUUUCUUUUCUGACUCAUUAACGCGACCUCGCAGUGUGAAAAAUAAGUACGUUAUUUUGGGGCACCUCGGGGAUAUGUGUUUAUUCACCUCGGCGCUGCGCGCCUCGGUGAAUAAAUCACAUAUCCCCUCGUUGCCUCAAAAUAACCUAUACUUAUUUACUGAGACCGAGGGAAACAGCGUGUUUGUGGCCCCGAGACAGCCGUUGUCGCCGGAGGCGAAGCCCAGUUUAUAAGCUUGUUUAAAAGACAGUUGUUUAUAAACUUGCGAGCUGUGCCGCCAUUUUGUUUUUCAAUUGUUGUAAGGUGGGGCGAAUUAUACGUUUGGCGUUCGCUCCAGCUAUAUAACAAUAUCUUGUCAAUUCUUGCCAGUCUCUUGGUAUUAAAUUUUGUGCACUUUUUCAAUAGGUGGCCAUGUUUAAUAAGGUGAAUGCUGAACUUGCAAAAACAAUAACUAAAUAUCUGUCCACGCCACAGGUAUUGUACUAGUUUAUAUUAAUAAUUAAUCGCGUUUAAUAAAUAGGUACCUAUUUUCGGCAUGACUAAGGUUCAUGAAGUUGGCC